AUGGUCGGUGGUAGGCCGUCACUCCUCAAAACAACAACGACAAGUAUCAACAUGAAACCCCCUUUUACCCCAUUUUUAAUUUUGAAAACCACAGAAUAUAACAACAAGAUGAAGAAAUUACUGAAAGAAGGACUGUAUAAAAUCAUUAAAAGAAAUCCACUAAACCGAAUAAUCAAACUAGUUAAUGAUGAAACAAAGAAAGCAAUACUAGAUGAAAAAACGAAAACAACUAUUCCAACAACAGUUCCAAGAUUACCAAGAAUAUACGGAGUCCCAAAAAUACACAAGAAUGAUGUGCCGCUCAGACCUAUAGUCAGUGCCAUAAACUCGCCUACAUAUAACUUAGAAGGUCACUUAGCAAGAAUUCUGAAAACUAACAUUAGAAAAACGUCUUCUUAUAUGAAAAACUCGACGGACUUUGUGGAAAAACUACAACAAACAAACUGGGAAGAACGAGACAUUCUCGUCAGCUUCGAUGUUGUUUCGUUAUUUACGAUAGUGCCAGUGAGGGACACACUGAAUAUUAUAAAAGAGAAAAAAUGGAUAGAUGAAAAACUACAAGGCUUAUUGGAAAUAUGCACCAAAACAACAGUUUUCACAUACCAAGACACCAUCUACGAACAAACUGAUGGAAUGGCAAUGGGAUCAAGACUAGCACCAGUAUUUGCCAACAUAUUCAUGGAAUGGUUUGAAACGGAAGCAAUGAGCACGUAUACUCAAAAACCAAAAAUGUGGUUGCGAUAUGUAGAUAACACAUUUGUUUUAUGGCAACACGGCGUGGACAAACUACAUUCUUUCCUGCAACACUUAAACAGCAUACACGCCAACAUAGAGUUCACAAUGGAAACUGAGGAAAACGGAAAAUUGCCAUUCCUGGAUGUAAUGGUAAAAAAACAGCCUAAUGGGAAAUUCGGCACAGCAGUGUAUAGAAAAAGUACACAUACAGAUAGAUAUUUACAUGCCGAUUCACACCAUUGCCCCUCACAGAAAAUGGGAUUAUUACACACAAUGGCAACAAGAGCUGUCAGAAUAGCUGAUGAAGACCAUGUGAAUGAGGAAAAACAUACUUACGACAAGCACUAA